ACACAUAACUAUGAAGGUUUUGUCUGCUUUAUAGAUUCUCCGUAUCCUGUCUAAACAACAAUUGGAUAAAGUACAUAGAUGUUCGGUCUUUUCACAAAAACCCAUAGAGAAAAACACAGAGUCCUCUGCUUCGUCAAUUUCAAUGGAGAAGAAGAAGAAUGGUGUGCGAGUGAUUCUCUUCCCGUUGCCAUUACAAGGCUGCAUAAACCCUAUGCUUCAGCUCGCCAACAUCCUUCACUCACAAGGCUUCUCAAUCACUGUCAUCCACACGCGGUUCAACGGUCCAAAAGCUUCGAACCAUCCUCUCUUCACCUUCUUAGAGAUUCCAGACGGCUUGUCUGAAUCCCAGAUCAACGACGAGCCUACCUCUAAUGUUAUGUCUCUCCUCGCGCAAAUCAACGUCAACGCUGAGUCCCCGUUUCGUGAAUGCUUGCAAAAACUGUUGCUUGAAGAAUCAGAGAAGGUUAGCUGUUUGGUCGAUGAUUGUGGAUGGCUCUUCACACAAUCUGUCGCAGAGAGUUUGAAUCUCCCGAGGCUUGUUCUCUCUACUUUCAAAGCCACUUUCUUGAAUGCUUAUCCUAUUCUCCCGCGUAUCCGAACCAAAGGCUAUCUUCCAGUUUCAGAUUCGGAAGCAGAGGACUCUGUUCUUGAGUUCCCUCCGCUUCUAAAGAGAGAUCUGCCAAGGAUUUUCGGAGAAGACGGAGAGAAACUCGAUCCAUUCUUAGACACUAUCGUCGACACGACGAUGAGAUCAUCAGGUCUAAUAUUCAUGUCCUGCCAAGAGCUGGAGAAAGAUUCGUUGACUCUCUCCAACGAAAUCUUCAAGGUUCCAGUCUUUGCGAUUGGUCCGUUUCACAGCUACUUCUCCGCUUCGUCUAGUAGCCUUUUCAGACAAGACGAGACUUGCAUUCAUUGGUUAGAUAAUCAAGAAGAUAAGUCCGUUAUCUACGUGAGUCUAGGAAGCGUUGUGAACAUAACGGAAUCAGAGUUUUUGGAGAUUGCUUGGGGUUUAAGCAAUAGCAAACAGCCUUUCUUGUGGGUGGUACGACCCGGUUUGGUCUUAGGCGCAGAGUGGAUCGAGUUACUCACCGAAGAGCUCGUGAGGAGCCUUGAGAAAAAAGGGAAGAUAGUGAAGUGGUCUCCACAACAGGAGGUUCUUGCGCACCGAGCCGUUGGUGGGUUCUUGACACACAAUGGUUGGAACUCGACGCUGGAGAGUAUAUGCGAAGGGGUUCCUAUGAUCUGUUUGCCUGGAGGUUGGGAUCAAAUGCUGAACGCAAGAUUUGUGAGCGAUGUUUGGAGGGUUGGUAUUCAUUUGGAGGGUAAGAUCGAGAGGAAGGAGAUCGAGAAAGCUGUGAGGAUGUUAAUGGUUGAAAGUGAAGGAGAAAAGAUUCGUGGGAGGAUGAAUGUUUUGAAAGAUGAGGUUGGGAGAUCGGUUAAAGAUGGUGGCUCGUCUUUUAGGUCUAUAGCAGCCCUAACGAAUCAUAUACUAUCGUUGUAAUAAUGGGAAUAUUUAGCAAAAAAAACACCUAAACAUUCCUCCAAAAUGCAAAAUAUUCACAAUAAUUGUUUGAUUGUGAAAUAACCUCUUUAUGUCAAAAAAAAUUACUUAAGAUGUAACAAAAGCUAUAUAUAUUGCAAGUGAUGUAUCGAAAACUUUCAAUAAACUUGUUUGUAAUAACAACAUAUUAACCAUGUUUAUUAGCAUAAAUAUUAUUAUUAACAAUAGAUAAUUAUAUUAUUACAAAUUAUGAUAAUUAUCUCUAUAAAUUCGUAUAAUUAUGAUUUUUUUGGGGGAAAAACCUAAUGUAAAAGAAUUAAUGAAUCAUUAGUCAAACUACUAAUUUCACAUAAAUAUUGUUUGUAUAAUUAAAAUAAUGUAUAAUUUCACAAAAGCCACAUAAUGUAAGUGAUGUCAUCGAACUUUUUUAAAUAAACUUCGUUUGUUUGCAGUGCAAACAACAUACUAUUAAGUUAACUAGCUUAAUUUAAAAUAAAUAUUGAUUUGUAUAUUUAAAAUAAAUAUUGUUGUGCAUUUUAAAUGUGUGCUUUUGUAUUUCUCUUUAUCAAAAAGUCUUCCAAACAAUAUAUUUGUAUCAAAAACUCAACUGUUCUUCGUAAUUAUCACCCACCAGAAAAGCAACAUCCAUGUCCUAAUCAAGUACAUGUGUCACACUUAUCGUGUAUGUCACUGUCCGUAGGCCAGUCUUCAGUGGAUAAACUAUUUUUCUUAUUUUAUGGUCUUCACUCUCUAGAAAAUAAAUCAAAUUGCAAAGAGAGGAAGAAGUUAAGAAAUCUUGAUUAUUGAAAUGGAGAAACGUAACAAGACACGAGUGAUUCUCUUCCCUCUACCAUUACAAGGAUGCAUAAACCCUAUGCUUCAGCUAGCAAAGAUCCUAUUCUCGAAAGGCUUCUCAAUCACAAUCAUCCACACGCGCUUCAACGCGCCCAAACCUUCAGACCACCCUCUCUUCACUUUCCUACAGAUCCCCGACGGUUUGUCCGAAUCUCAGACGCAGUCUCGCGAUGUCCUGCUUCAGCUCACGCUCCUCAACAACAACUGCGAGAACCCGUUACGUGAGUGUUUGACUAAACUCAUCAAAGGUUCAGGAACAGAGGAAGGUGGUGAGAUCAGCUGUUUGAUCGAUGACUCCGGGUGGGUUUUCACGCAGUCCGUCGCGGAUAGUUUCAAUCUCCCGAGAUUCGUCCUCUGUGCGUAUAAGUUCACGUUCUUUCUCCGACAUCUGCUUGUCCCUCAGCUUCGCCGUGAAGGGUUUCUUCCGUUUCCAGGUACUGCUUCGAUCUCCAGAGCCGGGACCCAUUCCAAUUUUUUUUAUAAUCUUGUUUUUAUACUUCUAAAAUUAUAUAUAUAAAAAACUAUACAACCAAAAAUCAAAAUGUAGAUUUAGGGUGGUGAUCGGUAAUUGCUGUUGAUAUUUUCCACAACCACAAUUAUAUUUACAAUUUUAAAUUUACACCAUUUUUGAUUUGUAUUUUUUUUUCAAAGUUCACGUCCAUUUUUUAAAAAAAUUCACGAUACUUUUUUAAACUUAUGUCUCAAACAAAUACCUAAAACUCAAAUUUAAAAAUUUUAAAAAGUUAAAAAUAUAAACCCAAAAAAAAAAAUUACAACAAUAUUUUUACAUUCAAAAAAUAAAAUCACAGUUUUUACCAAUCAAACCCAUAAACUUUUGUUCAGGUAAAUAUAUAGAUUAAUUAUUUUUAAAUAACAUAUAGAUUUGAGAAAAAGACUAGAAUAUCACUAAACCAAGUUUAUGUAGCACUCAAGGCUCAAAGUCACAAAAAUAGGUUUCAUUAAAGAGGUAAAUAUACAUUUAUAUCCAUUGGGUUAAUUAAUCCAAACCUUAGGAUUUAAAGUUAAGGGGUGGUGUUUUGGAAUUAGGGUUUAAAAUUUUAUAAAAAAAAAUACUAAAAUAAAAAAUAAAAAUUUUAAAAACAGUUUCAAAAAGUAUUUUUAAAUUAUAAAAAAAAAAUUUGAAAAAAAAAUAAAAAAAAAAUUUGAAAAAAAAAAAUUAUAAAAAUUUCGAAUCUGAAAACAUAUAAUCUGAAACUAUAAAAAAAAAUCUUUUUUUUAUUUUUUUUAUUUUUAUUUUAUUUAUUUUUAUUUAUUUUUAUUUGUUUAUUUAAUUUUAAACCAAGGGUAUUAGGGAUAUUUUACCCUUUAAUGAAUGUCAUUUUUAUGACUUUCUCUUUCUAGUGCUAUUUUUGAGACAUAAACUUCAAAAGGUGCUAUUAUUGACAAUUGCCCUAUAGAUUUAUAUGUAAAAACGUUAUUUAUGUAUUUUAUAUAUAGAUUAAUAUAUAAAAAUAAAUAAUUUUAAAAACGUUAGAGGCCCUUAUAAUAUUGGAGGCCCAUUAAAAUAUUUCAUGUAAAUGGGCUCAGGCCCGGCCCUGUCGAUCUCAUAAUAUGAUCACUGUCUGUUUCUUGAACUCUGUUUCAGAUUCCGAAGCAGAGGACUCUGUUCCGACGUUUCAACCGCUUCGAAAGAAAGAUCUCGCGAGAAUCAUGGGAAACAAAGAUCAGGCUGAGCCGCUGGAUGCUUACUUGGUCAAGAUACUCGAUACGACGAAGCCAGCUUCGGGGCUCAUAGUCAUGUCCUGCGAAGAGCUCGACAGAGAUUCGCUUUCCGAGUCCCACAAAGUCUUCACCUUUCCUAUCUAGCCUAUUGGCCCACCUCACAUCCAUGACGUGCCAGCUUCGUCUAGCAGCUUGUUCGAACCGGACCAGAGCUGCAUUCCUUGGUUAGAUAAGCAAGAAACGAGAUCAGUGAUGUACGUGAGCUUAGGGAGUAUAGUGACAAUCACCGAGUCUCAGUUUUUGGAGAUUGCUUGUGGCUUAAGGCAAACCAACCUAUCUUUCUUGUGGGUUGUUAGGCCUGGUUCGGUCCAGGGCAGAGACUGGAUCGAGUCAUUACCAUCAGGGUUCAUGGACGGGAAGGGAAAGAUAGUGAAAUGGGCACCGCAGCUAGAUGUUCUCGCGCAUAGAGCUACGGGUGGGUUUUUGACUCAUAAUGGAUGGAACUCGACGCUAGAGAGUAUAUGCGAAGGUGUUCCUAUGAUCAGCUUGCCUUUUGUGUGGGACCAGUUGCUUAACGCGAGGUUCGUUAGCGAUGUGUGGAGGAUAGGGAUUCAUUUGGAAGGUCGCAUAGAGAGAAGAGAAAUCGAGAGAGCUGUGACAAGACUAAUGGUUGAACCUGAAGGAGAAGAGAUUCGAGAGAGAGUUAAUGUGUUGCGAGAUGAAGUAAGAAGAUCUGUUCAACGAGGAGGCUCGUCAUCUCGGUAUUUAGAUGAUCUGGUUGAUCGUAUUGCAUCAUUCUAGCUUCAUAGUUUAAAAGAGUUAGUUCAACUGGGAAUGAUCAUGUCCAUUGGUGCUUCCUGUUUGAAUAACUGUUGAGACAAAUCUAAAAUUAUAUGUUGUGGUUUGGAGAAUUAUUGGAUUGGGCCUCGAACCUCCCAAAAAUAUAUAUAUAAAAAACAGUGUGAUAUGUUGUAAGUAACUCUUGAACCUGCUUAAAGGACUAUUUGCUCUGCUC